AUGAAGAAUAUUAAGCAUAUUACGUUUUAUUUAUUUUUUUUUAAUAUAAGUAUAUAUUUAAUAAAUGGAAAAGUGGAAAAUAAUAAUCAAAAUAUUUCUAGCUUAGGUCAGAAAAAGUCAAAUUUAAGAUAUAAAAACGAAAGUAGUAAAAAUGUUAUCAAAAAAAAACCGGUUUCUUCAGUGAAGCAAAUUAAUAAAGUAAAAAAUUCAUCGAAUAAUUAUACAGUUCAGAAAAGUAAUAAAAGUACAAGUGGUAAUAAGAUUUCGAAAAUUCAGGAUAAUAAACAUAUUUCUAAUAAGAAAGAAAGUAAAGGAGCUAAAAAGAGUGCAGUAAAAAAGAAAGAUGAAACAUCAAACAUAAGUUCAAAUUUAGAUCAUCUAGUACAAAAAAAUAAAAUAUCAGAUAAUGCAGUAAAAAACUUAAGCAAUCAAGAAAAUAAUAUUGAAAUGACCCCUAAAAAUGAAGUAUCUACAGAGCAUAAUAAUAGUGAAGAUACUAAAAUAUUAAAAGAAGAGCAAAAUGAUGAACAGUCAGUACAAGAGAAAAAAGAGGAAGAAGGAGUAAUACUAAAAGAAAAUAAGGAAGAGGAAAUACAAGAUCAAAAGGAAGGACCAGGAAAAAGUGAGGAACAGAAAAAUGAACAGAUAGAUUCACAUAAAACAGUAGAAAAAAAUGCACCAAAUGAGACAGGCAUAUCUGAAGAAUCAAGUGUUAAUACUAUGAAAGAUACAGAGCAAGUGAUAGAAAAAGAGAUAGAGAAAGAGAUAGAGAAGGGGAUAGAGAAAGAGAUAAAUAAAGAGAUAGAAAAAGAGAUAGAGAAAGAAAUUGAAAAACAGAUAGAAAAAGAGAAAAUGGAUAAAAAUAAAGAGAAAAAAAAUGAAAAAGGAUUUUCAAAAAAAGUAGAAACAGAUCUAUCAAAUAUCAAGGAAGAAAUUAUAUCUUUUGUAAAUAAUUUUAAAAAAGAUGAAAGAGUUGUAAAAGUAUCUGAAGCUUUAGGAACUAUGGCCACUAAUACAUAUGAGGGUGUCGUUAAGGUUGUAGAUUCAGUAAUGUUUUUUGUAAAAGAUUUUGCUGAAAUGGUUAAUAAUAUAUAA